AGGAAGCACAAGGGCCAAACAUUCUCGAAGUCUUUUCAGCCAGACUAUUUGAACACAGCGACCGCCUAGACUCUCGAGGUGAAGGAGGCAGGCCAUAGAAAGUGGGGCACAUCAAUGCAAGCAUUCCCCUUCCUUCUAUAUUCCAUUGGUGACCAUGGAUCGCAGAGAUUGAUCGGCUUUUGGAGUCCGUGUGAACAGCUCGGAGGUCAGCACAGAAGAGCUCAUAGGCAAUGGCAGCAUCAAGGAGGGACCAUCAGCAGAACGCUAGUCUCAACCGGGGCAUCCAGAAUAUAUUCCCAGGGCUCAAACCCAGUGAGUCUGGCCAAGGGCUACGGCGUGCAAGGUCCGUCCCAACCUCUCCUGGUCGCAGAUUAUCCCCAUCCCCCGCCUCAAUCUCAUCCAACACCUGUCGACCCACAUCAUCAUUCAACAGUCGGACGACCUCAUCCCGGUCCACAUCUAGCUCAGCCUCUUCAAGUCACAGCAAGACACUGUACUCUGCUUCGUCCAUGGCUGCUGGUGCAAGGCAGGGAAACACAGUGAGAAGAAAAGCAGAAAGGCCUGGUGCCACAUCUGUGUGGCCUCCAGCCCUUGCAGUUCCAAGCACCUCGUCUAAGGAUAUCACCAGAGCAACGAAAUCACCAUCCACCAUGCAGAAGAGUAAUAAUCUCUCUACAAGGCCCGGCAUUGAGAAGGCGGCGGCAGCGUCUUCUGUAAAGCUGAAAUCUCAGAAAACAGUAGUAGGACCUGAAAAAACUCAAGCUGCAGCUUCGACUCGUGCUCCUGGCGCUAUAACAAAGAAAAGAAUGGGAGCCGAGAAUUAUGUCUCCAUCCAGAGGACAACAAGUGUGCCGGUAAGACAAACAGAGACACCGAAAAUGGUGGAACGAGACGUUGAGUUGUUGAUAGAGUUUGAUGAGACGGAGAGCAUAAGCACCUCUUCCAUAGAGGAGCACUUGCAUGAACGACUCCCUGACCCUGUUGAUAUGAAAUCUGCGGAUCUCAAUAGCAAGACAUCCUCUUGUCCGGAGGAACACAAGAAUCGAGACAACACAGGGGGCAUUUUGGGGGAGAAACAGGGUGGAAAGGACAAUGAAGACCUCAGCACAGGCGACAGUGCUUCUGCUGGAAACAGAAACAGUGAUACAAACAUCCCUAAAGAAGCAGUCGAUGAAUCUGAGUUGGAGGAAGCUGUUGAUGGACCUGGGUCGAAUAAAGAUGCCUGUGCAUCUGAGCUAAAUGAAACUGUAGGUCGGACUGAACUAAACGAAGCUGUCAGUGAAACCGAACCAAAGGAAGCUAAAGAUGAAGCCAAGCUAAUACAAGUUGACUGUGAAAUUGUACUAAAAGAAGCUGCCAGUGGAACUGAGUUAAGAGAUGAUUUUAUUGAACAUGAGUUGAUAGCGCAAGAAAAUACCAAAACUAAGGAGAACAUAACCAUGGAAUUAGCACAGAAGUGGAGGAAGGAUGAAAGGAGGAGCAAUGAAGCUACAGAGGAGGGCAGGGGCAAACCUAUCCACGAGAGGAAGAACAAGGUAAUGGCCUUGGUGGGGAGAUUUGAGACUGCCAUGUCUGGCUGAAAGUGAGGCGCUGACGGAGCCACAAUAACAAACCUUCUUUUCAUAUUGCAAAGUAAAAAAGACUGUAUAGGUCGAUAGUUCAUAUGUUUCAUUUCAUUAAUGUGACUGUUACUGUUCUGGGAGUGAAAAAUGCUGAUGAAUAUUGAUGACACUUCUCCUGACACUCCUGUUCUCUUUUUUUUAAUAAAGUGAUACACAGCUCUCCUGCAUGUUCGAGAACAAAAAAGAAAAAAGAAAACACUUCUACAAGUUAGGACCGUAGCUUGUCCAAGCUCUAGUGUACAUGUGCUGUGAUGAAACCCAAAUUCUCUAACCAAAGGCACCUGAGUACUAGCACAUUUUCAUCUCCAGACAUUGUACCCAUAACCAUCUCUACGGAUUAAAGUUUUGCACAACCCAAAUAUUUUGCAUCUCUCAUUUCCAAAAAUUCUAAAUUUCAUUUUCUGCACCUAGCCCAAAAUAUGGAGUGACUUCAAUGUGUCUAUACUGGUUCGGAGCCGAACAUACUAUCCAGCAAAAUCCAUUGGUCAUGCAAAAAUUUUAUGGUUGAUCCACUUCAAGCUGCUUCACUAUUGAUUAAUACGAUCUUGACUUCGAUUCAUAUGUUAGUUUGUUUCUAUACUCUCUGAAUAUCCUUGUCAUAAAAAUGUGUAUUUGUUAAAUGAAAGUCCAAUUGGCCAUGAAAACUCAGGUAGCUGGUAGUUAACUUGAUGCAUUAAGUUUAAAGAGACUCAAGUGUUGAACCUAUGGCAUAUUUGCAUAAUACUGAUCGAUGUGGUUCCCGGUCCAUUUAAGUCUGGUCCAUCUAAACACAAGACACAUUAUAAGUUUGCAUGAUCACCUAGAUAUGAAUUUGCAUUUGUUACAUCUCCAAUAUGUUCGCCUAAGUUUAGCAAGUGAAGGCCAUGAUAUUAUAUUAUUCUACUUCCACAUUAUUGAUUAAUUUGAAGUUCAAAACGAUGCAACGUGGAUAUCUAAGGGAAAGAAAUAUGGGGUUUGAAGACAUACUAGAGGACAAGGCCAUCUCCAAUAUAGAUAUAGAAUUCAAUUUCCCUUCAUCUCAUGCAGAGCAAAAUGAAACUGAUUUCUAAAUUAUUCUUAAACACAUAACACGUAACACGUGUCACAGCCCUGCUAGGGGCGGGGGCUGCGGCUCCUGCUGCUGAUGGUGGCGUGUGGGAGGAGAGGUAGUGGGUAGGGCAGGCACAUGGCGAGGGGGGAUGCAGUGGCUGAGAGAGGGGCAGGGGAGAGCAAUUGCUAUCUAUUUUUGCUUAAGAUCUAAACUGUUACAUGGCUCCUAUAUUUUUUUCGGUUCCUAUUUUUUUCGAAAGUGUAGGAGAACUGCACAUUGUUAUAUUAAGAAGGAGAAAAGAAAGGCCUUAGAGGGCCAGACAUGAAACAAAGGAUUGCCACCUUACGGCGGCCAAACACAAGCAUACAAAUAAGAAUCCAUGAAAAAUAACUAGGACCACCAGAGGGUUAAGGCCACAGACUUCUAAUGCCUACUGCCCCGACCAUGCCCCACAUAUGAGCAUCUUGCUGAAUAUGGAGCAGGACCAAGCUGCUGCAUGGAGAGGCACCAUCAAACACAGGCAUUCCAGUAUUUCCACAACCACCAGGCUACCAAGAUGACAGUGGAAUUAAAGCCUUUUUCUGGACUUUGGACACCUUGGUUUCAGCCUGCCCUACCAAUCCUGGAAAACAAUGUCAGCAAUCCCGAGGGAUAAAGCUUGUAGCCCCACCUUGCUUAGAACUUGAAACCAAAUAUCUCUAGCGAGAACACAGGAAAUCAGAAUGUGCUGAACAGAGAGGGCAACUUUCUAGGUGAUCAAGGCCCCGGCGGGCUAGUCUAUCCGCAGAAAACAUCUAUUAAGGGAGGCCAACCAGAUGAAGAAUUUGUUGGACAAAUAGGCAUUUUCAGUUUUAAUUUAAUCCAGAAAAUCACAGUGAUGUAUGUGACGACAUGUAUGUGCAUGUGUAUAUCACUACUCACAUAAGCAGUAGAUAAUAGUAAAACAUGCACAAUUACUAAAAACAGA